ACCGAGAUCUGUUAUAUGAUACUUGGGAAAGAUCGUGAAAUCAUUGUGACAUUUCAGUCUCGUGGUCUCAUCUGUUCUUCAUGUUUUCUGUUGCUGCAGCACCUUCUGUUGGAGCUUAUAGAAGUGUGUGAAUGGUUUGUGAUUCCCAGCAGUGUGUUUGAAGUUGACCAUCCUCCAUCGGUGGUCGUGUUAGUGUCCACCAUGUUGAAAUGGAUUGUGAACAAGAGGAAUGGUAGACGUUUUAGUAGCUAUGAUGACAUCGAGCAGGUGAUGAUACAAGGAGAGAUGGGGACGUAUCGGUCACUUUCAUUCAGCGAUGUUGGCGUCAAUAUGACACAUAACACACAAAAUGAGAAGUACAACACACAUGGCAUGGUGACAGUCGACACACAGCGCAUUGAACAGGAACAUGGCAUCAUCCAACAUCACAGCAGCGGGAAUACUUCCCUAACUACAUUCCACAACUCAUCACAGACCUCUGUUGAGCAAGAUAUUGAUAUGCUACAGGAGAGUGGUGCGGGCAUGAAGAGGGGAGACAACUCUGAUCAGCGUCACUUUGAAUCUGACUGGCCUGUGAAACAAGGCUCGCCCUCAGAUGUUCAAAUGGUUGGAUGUGAUACUCGCAUGGAGCAGACCAUCGAUCGCAUCUUCCUGGAACGACAGGCUCAUCAUGACAUGAUUGAGAGUAUUGUUGGUGUCCCAGUGUACGACGGUGGUGCAGAGGUUGAUGACUGUGACGACUAUGGCAGCACAGAUGAGGGAGUUAGGUCAAGGCCAUCCUCAUUUAUUCGUGAUGGAUCUGAGUCGGAUAUACAGGAAGACUUCACACAGGAUCCUCAUUUCAUUAUGGAGGGCACAUUGAACCAGCUUCGAGGUCUGAAUGAUGGCUUGCAGAGGUACAGAGAUGCUCGGGUCCUUAGUCUACGACUAAACCAGGAUGUAAGAAGGGAUACGCUCGCCCGCUUCAGCUCAUCUUGCCCAUCUCUUGAUAUUCAAGGUCGUGGGUCACCGCUAUCCCCCAUAGAUGAAGCAGAUCAUCACAAGUCUAUGCUGGACUUGGCACAGGAGGUGGGCCCAUCCAGUCACCUUACGUCCGAGGCAUCACCUUCAGCAUUCUCCAGUCAUCAUUCCGCAUCCACUGACGCUGACGGUCUAGGUGAUCGCAACAUCCGCAUCUGCGUCAACGGAGUCACUGUGGACAGCUCAACAGACAUCCCAGACCCUCUUUACAUGAGGCAAUAUGAGCAGCCCGACUUCAGUGUCGUCGAUGAUGUUGAAGGUUCUGGCCCAGGGGGAAUACGUCGUCAUAGUUGGUGUAACAAAGUGGUAACCCAAACCCGAAAUCCAAGGGAGACAACUCGAGCUAAGAUGCUUGCUAUGACAGGAAAAAGUAUGAGCCUGACCAGUCUGGAAGGAGAAGAAGAAUCAGAAGAAGAGGACUACCAGGAUGCACGGGACAACGCCACCAACGUUGGUCAGUCGAUACGAGGAUUGACUACUGCCCCUGGUGCCGUCCCCACUGCUCAUCAACACAAACCUAACGGCAGUGUCUACACUGAAGAUAGGAGCCUUUCGCCAGUCAAUUCAACUGGGUCUAGUCCAAAUGUGCAAGAAGAAACGAAUGCCAGUGACUACCUCACUCGAACCAUGAGUGAGCCAACCACCGCCAAUCCCUCUGCUCGGUCGCUCACUGAUCUUCCAUAUGAAACACAACAAGAAAAGAGCGGUGGUGUGCGCGACACUAAGUCUCGUCCGUACACGGUUGCUGCAACUCAGGGUGUGUGCUCGUGUGAAGAGGAGUACACAAGCAGCCUAGGAGUGCCACAUUCCAAUAUGACCAAGUCUCUCUCAACUCCCUCAAUCCCCGCUGCUGCCAAACAGGAGAUGAACUCAGCUGAUUCCCGAAAGCUGAGUCUCCGUAGAGAUGGGCGUGGCAAGGAUGGCAAACAACCUGAUGGCCAGUCCUAUACUGUAAUACAAAAACUCCUCCAAGAACAUGAUGCACAGUUUCGGAGCCAAGAUGAAAUCGAGGAAGAAGAUGAAAAUGUUGCUCCUGUUCGUCGGCGUGGAGGGGAGAUAUCGCUUCAGGAUUUCCUCAGCGAAACUCCUGAAAAAGAAAGAUCUGCCAGUUUCGACCUUGAAGACCAGAGAGCCAAGCAACGGAAGGAAGAAGAGAGGAAGAAGCGGAAACCCAGUGUCUUCUCUCGCUUCCAGAGCAGCUACCGGACCAAGAAGAGCAAAGACAAGGAAGGCAAGUCGAAGGCCAGCACACAUCACCAGUUUGUGAGUGUCUCCAUCAGCAACUCUACCACAUGUGAUGUGUGUCACAAGCCUAUGGCCAAUAAACCAGCUCUACAGUGUGAAAAUUGCCUGAUGUAUGUUCACGAGCACAAUUGCAAGGAUCAGAUUUCGAUCUGUGACAAGAGUCGACGGGUUCUCCACCGAGAGGCAGCACCGCAGGAACGCCAAGUGGCGCCAUCUUCAGGGUCAAGUCUGCGGCCAUCACACUCUUUUAAAGUGAGGUCUUCGUCUGCGCCGGUCAAGACACAGCAAACCUUGCUGCCAUCAACCCAUUUUGUCCAACACCGUAAUAGCCUGCCUUCUCCCAGCCUCUUUGGUUCGUCUCCUACCUCCAGCAGCGCCUCGUCCCCUGGCACUCUUCAGUGGCCGUUUAAGUCAGUGGAGGAGGCUAUCAAUGAAGGAGAUGAGAUUGAUUCUGUUGGGUCAGGUCCUGAUGUUGGACACUCGAACAUACAAGACACAAUAUCGGAAUCUAUGGAGUCCCUCGAAGCUACAACUGUAAGGACCGAGGUUUCCAUAUUUGAUGACUACCCAGAGUUGAUGUUGGACUUUGAUGAACCUGAGGCAUGGAGUCUCACUGUGGACAGGAAGACGCUGAAAAAGAUGAAUACUAAGGAUAUUAAACGCCAGGACACAAUCUGGGAACUGAUACAGACGGAGAAGGAAUAUUGCAAGACUCUCACUAUUAUGCAGAAGAUGUUCAGCCAGGGCCUCCUGCAAGACCUCAACAUGCCUGCGGAACAGGUUGAGCGACUCUUCCCCCAGAUGGAUGAACUCAUCGAGAUACACACCACAUUCCUGGCUCAGCUUCUCAAACUCCAGCAAGUGAAACAUGACCGCAGCAUUGAUGAUGUCGGACGCACUCUGUUGGACCAGUUUGAUGGUGAAAAUGUCGUACAGAUGAAGGCAGUCUAUGGUGCAUUCUGCAGUAAACACAAGGAAGCCGUGCAGCUGUAUAAAGACCUAUGUAAAACAGAUCGGAAAGUGCAAAUAUUCUUUAAAUCAUGUAUAAACCACAGUGCUUGUAAGCGCCGAGAUGUGCCAGAUUUUAUCCUGGGCGUCACUAUACGUCUUUCAAAAUAUCCAAUCCUUAUUGAAGCAAUAUGUAAGAGUACUAAAGACAAGAAAGAUCGCGACCUUUUAAGUAGAGCUCUGAACUGGAGCAAGGGAGUGCUGACAGAUGUCAAUGAAAGGGUUGCAAACUAUGAAAAAACUGGUGGAGAUUCAGAGUAAAAUAGACUCACGAGCCACAACUGUGUUCAAGGGCAAGAAGUUCAAGCGCCAUGACAUAACCUUGCGAGGUCGCAAACUGGUGCACACGGGUUUGAUUGGAUGGAAGAGUGCGCGAGGUCGAAUCGUGGAGCUGCUGGCUAUUGUCCUCACUGACCUCAUCUUCUUUGUGCAGGAGAGCAACCAGA